AUGGUGCACGAGGACUACUCCCAAAUAGUAUACAUGGACAGCGAGACAUCCCCGCUCGAGGAUCAGCUAGCUAAAAUAAUCGUCGCUGUCGAAGCCGAAAGCGUAAAAAUAAAGAAGCGACGAAAAGAAAGGCAGGCACGCGAAGCAGAGUUUGAAAGAGAAUGGGAUGCCGACGAAGAGGAGGCUGAGGACAGAAAUGUUGAUGCCUUUAAAGAAUUGUUAGAUGAGGCUUCUUACUUUGAAACCGCCACCAGCAUCCGCAAUUAUGUAAACGCUGUCAUUGCCCAGUCAAAUGGCUCUCACGAGAAGCCGCAUGGACUGAUGAACGAAGGUGUGAUUUCUACGCAGCUCGGUUUGCCUGGUAAACCCGCCAUGGCCGAAGAACUCGUUGUAGCCCGCGACAUCAAACUUGCCCGCUAUGCAGAUUCCCGUCUCCAUUUUACAGGUGUAGCAUCUAAAAAGUCACUCGAAUAUAUCCGGCGUGGCAAAGAAAGCGGUGCAUCAGUCAGUUGUUCCGUUACACCUUAUCACCUUUUCUUUUGCGAUAAAGACCUGAGGGACUACGAUACCAACCUUAAAGUAAAUCCACCGCUCCGCACCGCGCAGGAUCGUGACGCAUUAAGAAACGCUAUCGAAGAUGGAACAGUCGACUGUAUCGCCUCCCAUCACCUGCCCCAUGAAUACGACAGCAAAGUACUCGAGUUUGAAUACUCCAAAUACGGAAUGAUCAGCCUGGAAACAGUCUAUGCCGUACUAAACACCGCUAUGCCACAUAUCAGCCAGGAGAAAUGGGUCGAGCUUCUUUCCAUCAACCCACGCCGGCUUUUUGGCUUGGAGCAGCCAACGAUCCAGACA